UUGCUUGUUUUGCCACUAUGACUCAUUUGUUCACGUUGGUUGUGGUUUAGCUAUACACAUAUUUGUCUCUGCCUUUGAUGAUCUCAAUCUCGUUGAAAGCUAAACAGGAACAACAGCAGGAUCGGCGAAACGGUCUUUGUAUAAAGUGGAGAUCUUUGCCUUUAAAGCAAUGGAGGAGUACAAUUCCGGAGAGGAGGUGUCUUUCAACACAGAUGAGGCCAGUGUCUCUGUUAAAGAGUGUAUCGAAGGUAUCAUUGGAGGAAUAGACUACAACCAGAACAAAGGGAACCAAUGGACUGCCAGCAUCGUGGAGCACUCUCUCACCCAGUUGGUCAAACAAGGGAGACUAUUCAAGUUCAUAGUGAACUGUGUCAUCAUGCAGAAGAGUGGUGCUGGUCUCCACACCGCCAACUCCUGCUACUGGGACACUGCUACUGAUGGAAGCUGCACAGUCAGGUGGGAGAACCGCACCAUGUACUGUGUGGCAAGUGUUUUCGCUGUGGCCGUGACCUGUUAACGUGGGACCCUCCAUUUCCCUUCCCAAAACCCCCUGUCUCGCACAGAGCCGAACACAGCCAGGCAUGCACCAGGACCACCAAGCCUUGAAUAUCCUAUGCUGAUUACCCAUGAACAGAAAUGUCUGUUGUACAAGAACACCUCUUAACCCCACACUCACAAAGUUUGACCACCCACAAUGGGAAUCAUAGGAUGAUGAUGUGUUGCCAUAUGUGGUGGAUUUAUAGUGUUGUUUAGUGUUGUCUGUGUAUAAAUGUAAAAUAGACCAAUAGUUAGAGAGAGAUAUGCUCAGUAUGGAUUUAGGAAAUGGCACUACCCAUACUGGUAAACGUUCUUCUUUCAACAAUCACAGAACAUCUUCAACUAGGCUAUACAUGUGUAAUAAUAGUAUUA